GGAAUCAAGGAUCCCAUUCAUUCAUUCAUUCAUUCCUUCAUUACCAUCCUUUACAACUUCAAGCUAGCUAGCUACUUCAAUUUCCCAGCAUUACCAUUUCAAAAGAUUACAUCAUUAUAUCUUACUUCAUCCUCAUCCAAGUUGAAUAUCCACUACAGAUUCUUAUCUUAUUCCUUGGCUUUUGGUUUUCUUUGAAUCUUGAGGAACAGGUCUUGCACAAGCUUCAGCAGAUUGGUUUUGUUGUCAUAUGGGGAUUUCCUUUUCCCUUUCAUGCCCAUUUGUGAAUUACAGUGAUGUGGAAGAUGACUUAGACUCAGUAAUUGUAAAAUCCAUUAACUUUGGCAAUGAUGAGAUCAGAACUCCGCUACGGUCAGUUAGUUUCAAAGAUCAAGAUUUAGAACCUACCAUCCUUAAAUCUCUAGGUUCUGGAAAGAUGACAAUAGAGACAUCUGUGAGCUUCAAAUCAAAAGAUUUGGAGAACAUGAUCUCAACCAGAACCCUCUCAUUUGACAAAGAGAAAAACAUGCCUAUCUCAAAGAUUUGCAACAGCAAAGAAAUGGAGGCAGAGUGUCAAGUGGAAACAAUCCAAUCAGCACUUUUGAAUCCAAACAGCCCCAAACACAUUGCUGCACUUAAAUUGCAAAAAGUAUACAAGAGCUUUCGCACAAGACGAAAGCUAGCUGAUUGUGCAAUUCUUGUUGAACAAAGCUGGUGGAAGCUCUUAGAUUUCGCUGAACUCAAGCGCAGUUCUAUAUCUUUCUUUGACAUUCAGAAACAUGAAACCGCCAUUUCACGUUGGUCUAGAGCUAGAACUAGAGCUGCUAAGGUUGGAAAAGGUUUAUCAAAAGAUGACAAAGCUCAAAAGCUUGCUCUGCAGCACUGGCUUGAAGCGAUUGACCCGCGCCACCGCUAUGGACAUAAUCUACACUUUUAUUAUGAUAAAUGGCUUCAGUGUCAGAGCAGAGAACCCUUCUUCUACUGGCUAGAUAUAGGAGAAGGGAGGGAGGUAAAUCUUGAGAAGUGCUCUCGCUCGAAACUUCAAGUACAAUGCAUUAAAUAUCUCGGUCCGAUGGAAAGGUUGGCCUAUGAAGUUGUUGUGGAGGAUGGAAAGUUCUUCUACAAGCAGUCAGGGGAGCUCCUUCACACCGGUGAUGAAGAUGCACAUGCCAAGUGGAUUUUUGUUCUUAGCACAUCUAAGACACUGUAUGUUGGCAAGAAGACAAAAGGUUCAUUUCAGCACUCUAGCUUCUUGGCUGGAGGAGCUACAUCUUCUGCUGGCCGACUCGUGAUUGAAAAUGGUGUCUUGAAGGCAGUUUGGCCUCACAGUGGUCAUUAUCGUCCGACCGAAGAAAAUUUCAAGGAAUUUAUUGCAUUCCUCCAGGAGAACAAAGUGAGCCUUUCAGAUGUCAAGAUGGCUCCGGUUGAUGAUGUUGAUGAAUUCUGUUCACUGAGUCGCCUUGGUCAUCUUAGAAGCCACUCGUCCGAAGAGGACUACCCUGAGAACAUCAAUGACUUGGAGACUGAAGAGGCUAUUGUCCAAUAUUCAGUUCCAGAGAGGGCCAAUGUGAUGGAAACUGAGGAGGAUUCUUCAUCGGUAGAGCCUAGCACAAGUCCAUUCAAGAUGUUUAGAAGAGAAUUUCCAAAUCUUGAAAUACCAAAAAGGGGCCAAGUGUUUGAAGGACUAGAAAAUGAGAGUAGAGGUUUUGUGCAAGAAACAGCACAAGAAUUUGUACCAGAGUCAGAUCUCACAAUUGCGAAGGAAAACUUUUCUGAUGAAGACGGUGAUGAUAGUGGCAUAGAAAUCAUUCCGCAGGAGUCAAUACUCAAAAGAAUCAACUCGCACAAAGAAAUGAAAUCAUACCAACUGGGAAAGCAGUUGUCUUGCAAGUGGACCACUGGAGCCGGUCCGCGAAUCGGGUGUGUGAGGGACUACCCUUGUGAGCUUCAGUUCCGAGCUUUGGAGCAAGUUAAUCUGUCUCCGAGAAGCGGAUCCCGAACUAAAUCAGCCUUUGCUCCUAGAAGCACCACUGGAUUGGCCUCUAGUGCUUCAACUCUAGCUAUUUUAUAUGGGGACACAAAAACUGAACCACAGCUUGAAAAUCAAAGCAUGUUCCAAAGAGGUGAUUUCAGUUCAAGAUCAGAAUUCUCCCCUUUGAUCAGAGGAUCAUCAGUGAUACCAGUUAUUCAUAUGGCAUGAAUUAAUAGGAUUUCCCCAUUGUUUCAUUCUUUUCUGUGAAUAGGUAACAAAAAUAUGAAAUUUUGUUAUUCUUUCCAUUAAUUAUCACAUAGGCAUUCUUUUUACACUCAUGUCUGUUCUGACAUGUAUAUUAUAGGAUGAAAGUUGUAACAUUAUUUUAGGGUCUAUAUGCCCCCCAAUAUAAAGGAAACAUUUUAUCUUCCA